GCUUUUCCCAUUUUUCUCUCACCUUCCCUAUAAGAUGGAAAAUGGGGGAUUCUUCCAGAUUUGUUAUGUGUUCUUCACUGCCAAGGGUGCUUCUGCACACUGCAAAAGUUUGAGGCUAGCAGCAGCUCAAGCACUGCUUUGUGUGACUAUCUGGAGCAUAGGAAGUUCUGCACAAAUGUGCACAAGAACUUCUUUACAGUGAGGUGACGGAGCACUGGAACAGGCUGCCCAGGGAGGUGGUGGAGUCUCCUUCUCUGGAGAUAUUCAAGACUCACCUCGACGCCUACAUUUGUGACCUGGUUUAGGGAACCUGCUUCGGCAGAGGGGUUGGACUCGGUGAUCUCUAGAGGUCCCUUCCAGCCCCUACAAUUCUGUGAUUCUGUGACUUGUUGCUAAAAUGUAUUUUGUGGUGUUUACUUCUUACGGUGAAUUUAGUAAGUUAAGAAUUGUCUGUGGAUCAAAUAGUUGUUUUGAAGGAACAAACUUAGCACAUAGUUGCAUUGGUGACAUUUGAAACGUGCAGAUGUAGGGAAGGACAAGUGACAUAUAAGAAAAUUCUGAUUUAAAAUUAUUUGUAGACUUAUCUUUCUGGUGAUGGGAAAGUCACUUGAGGCUUGGGAUGCAGCUAAAAUCUUAAGCUCUCUGUGCCUAAGAUUUCUCUUACAUCCAGAUGAAAACAGCAUUAUUUUCUCUAUAGUUUGCAUGCAGGUCAAUGUAGCAGUCAGGAACAGUGUGAUCAGUAGUGGUGUAAAAUUAGAGUGAGUUCUUGCUGGAAGAAAUAAUAGAAGUUCAGAACAAAAAUGGAAGAUUUUAAAAGCACCAGAACUGCCUAAGAUUAAGGCAUGAGUAAAAUAGUUGUGUUAACAUAUUCUGUGUACAGAAAAGUAAAAACCUUCAAAAAGUAGUUGAGUUCGCAGUCGACUGGAUGAACUCAUUCCUUUGGACAGAGGUUGCUUAAGAAUCGAUCUCAUUUUCUUUCCAGUUCAGUAGCAUUAUAUAUUUCUGAACUAAGAAUGUUUAAGAAUUACCUGUUUGACUCUUUGAGAUUCAAAUUAGUAUCUACAAAGGCUUGCUGCUCCAACCAGACAGUAGACUUAUACUGCUAAUAAAUAAAGAAGUUUCAGAUCACUAAAAACAGCUCACCUAGAGAUGCAUUUUCUUAAUGUUGAAUUUAAAUAAUUCUUAAUGUUGGUUCUGCAUGGCAGUAUUACUUUGUCCCUUAAUUUUUGAAACAUCAUAUUUCAUAAACGUAGGCCUAUAUGUAUACUUCCAUUCACAAUUACUCUCUGGGCCCUCCAUCCAGCCAGUUUUUUUAUCCAGUGAAGAGUACACCUGCUCCAGACAUGAGCUACAAGUUUCAUCAGGAGAAUACCAUGGCAGAGGUAUUUGGCUUUGCUGAAGUCUAGAUAGACUACAUCCACAGCCUUUCUCUCAUCCACCAGGCGAGUCAAUCAAUCAUAGAGGGAGAUCAGGUUGAUCGAGCAGGACCUACCUUUCAUGAACCCAUUCUGGACAGAACACUCAUGAACAUUCAUUGAAAUCUGAGAAGUUGGUACAGUUGAGGAAAAAAUGACUUUUUCAUGAGCUUCUACAGAAUAUGCAAAAGAGCUAAGUGAGAUCUUCAAUGCUUUUGUCCAUGAAAGAUCUUAGAGAAGAUGGCUGAAAUAAGCCUGAAGGAAGUGGCUCUAAUAGUUGGUGUGGUGGCAGCCUGCUACUGGAACAGUCUCUUUUGUGGCUUUGUUUUUGAUGAUGUUUCAGCAAUUUUGGACAACAAAGAUUUGCACCCUUCUACUCCAUUAAAAAAUCUGUUUCAGAAUGACUUCUGGGGGACUCCGAUGUCUGAGGAGCGGAGUCAUAAAUCUUACCGACCGCUCACAGUUCUCACAUUUCGCUUUAACUACUUGUUCAGCGAGUUAAAUGCAGUUUCUUAUCACUUCCUAAAUCUCAUCUUUCACGGGGUGGUUUGUGUAGUCUUCCUCAAGGUCUGUAAGCUUUUCUUGGACAACCAGAGCAGCAUAGUUGCAUCCCUGCUCUUUGCAGUGCACCCAAUACAUACUGAAGCGGUAACUGGAGUUGUGGGCAGAGCAGAGCUUUUAUCAUCUAUCUUUUUUCUAGCUGCAUUUUUAUCAUACACUAAAUCUAAAGGACCAGAUAAUACCAUAGUGUGGACUCCCAUUGCAUUGACUGUGUUUCUAGUAGCUGUUGCAACACUGUGUAAAGAACAAGGAAUUACAGUGGUGGGGAUAUGCUGUGUCUAUGAAGUAUUUAUUGCUCAAGGGUAUACCUUGCCAGUUCUGUGGGAUACAGCUGUUCAGAUUCUUCGAGGAAAGGGCAGUAUUCCUUUCUCCAUGCUCCAAACACUGUUGAAGCUCAUAGUCCUAAUGUUUAGUACGCUGCUUCUUGUUGUUGUCAGAGUCCAGGUUAUCCAGUCUCAACUUCCAGUGUUUACAAGGUUUGAUAACCCAGCUGCUGUAAGUCCAUCUCCAGCAAGGCAGCUGACUUUCAACUACCUCCUCCCUGUAAAUGCUUGGCUUCUUCUCAACCCCUCAGAAUUAUGCUGUGACUGGACAAUGGGAACUAUCCCACUUGUGGAGUCUUUGUUAGACAUCAGAAAUGUUGCCACCCUUACAUUCUUUUGCUUUCUGGGAUCUUUGACUGUCUUCAGUCUCCGAUAUCCUGGGGAUUCCUCCAAGACUGUACUGAUGGCACUCUGCUUAAUAGUGCUGCCAUUCAUUCCUGCAUCAAAUCUGUUUUUUCCUGUUGGAUUUGUAGUAGCAGAACGAGUGUUGUAUGUUCCUAGCAUGGGAUUCUGCAUUUUAGUAGCGCAUGGAUGGAAGAAAUUAUCAAAUAAAAGUAGCAUGCUAAGAAAAAUUUCUUGGGUUUGUUUGGCUGUGGUACUGUUCACACAUGCCUUGAAAACACUGCACAGAAACUGGGAUUGGGAAUCAGAGUACACAUUGUUUAUGUCAGCUUUAAAGGUAAAUAAGAACAAUGCAAAGUUAUGGAACAAUGUGGGGCAUGCAUUAGAAAAUGAAAAGAAUUUUGAAAGAGCUUUGCAGUUCUUCAUACAAGCCACUCAAGUACAGCCAGAUGACAUUGGUGCUCACAUGAAUGUUGGAAGAACUUACAAAAACUUAAACAAAACUAAAGAAGCUGAGAAAUCAUACAUGAUUGCUAAAUCAUUGAUGCCACAGAUUAUUCCAGGUAAAAAAUAUGCAGCAAGAGUUGCUCCUAACCACCUGAAUGUUUAUAUCAAUCUUGCAAACUUAAUUCGAGCAAAUGAAUCUCGCCUUGAAGAAGCAGAUCAAUUAUAUCGACAAGCAAUUAGUAUGAGGCCAGAUUUCAAGCAGGCUUACAUCAGCAGGGGAGAAUUACUUUUAAAAAUGAACAAGCCUCUGAAAGCUAAGGAAGCUUACCUUAGGGCUCUAGAACUAGACAGAACCAAUGCAGACUUGUGGUACAACUUGGCAAUUGUUUACAUUGAACUGAAAGAUCCAACAGAAGCCCUGAAGAAUUUUAACCAAGCACUAGAACUCAACCCAAUGCAUAAGCUGGCGUUGUUCAACUCAGCCCUGCUAAUGCAGGAAUCUGGCAAUGCUCAGCUUAGACCUGAGGCUAAACAAAGACUGUUAAAUUAUGUGAAAGAAGAACCACAGGAUGCAAAUGGUUAUUUCAAUUUGGGUAUGCUGGCAAUGGAUGACAAAAAAGAUACAGAAGCAGAGGCAUGGAUGAAGAAAGCCAUAAAGUUACAGCCAAACUUUCGAAGUGCUUUGUUCAAUUUGGCACUGCUUUAUUCUCAGACAGCAAAAGAAUUGAUGGCUUUGCCCAUCCUGGAAGACUUAUUGAAAUACUACCCUGAUCAUACCAAAGGUCUAAUUUUGAAAGGAGAUAUACUAAUGAACCAAAAGAAGGAUAUAGUUGGAGCAAAAAAGUGUUUUGAAAAAAUUUUGGAACUGGAUCCCAACAAUGUGCAAGGGAAACAUAACCUUUGUGUAGUUUACUUUGAAGAACGAGACUUAAUAAAAGCAGAAAAAUGUUUGGUGGAAACUCUAGCACUGGCACCUCAUGAAGAGUAUAUUCAACGUCAUCUAAACAUAGUUAGAAGUAAAAUUGCAUCACUUAGUGCUCCGGAGCAGUCAUCAGUUCCAGCAGAUGAUACUGCCACUGCUGCUGCAGAAGAAAAAAAAAAAAUUCAGAAUUCAAAAGAAGUGAAAAAUGAGCAGAAAUCCUCCCGCACAACAGCUGGUAACAAUAAAGGACGUUCAAAAAAUAAGAAACAAGCAGAGAAAAACAGUAUGGAAAAAAAAGAGACUCCCAAAAAAUCCACAAAAGAAAUCAAAGAUAUUGAGAAAAAGAGAGUUGCUGCUUUGAAAAGACUAGAAGAGAUUGAACGUAUAUUAAAUGGUGAAUAGCCUUUAUUAUGUCAUGAUAGAGUAUGGGGGUGUACUAUUUUUAAUUGCUGUUUAAUAUAUAAACCAACUGGAAGGUGAUUUCAGUAUUUUGCAGAUAGAACAUCUUGACUGUUGCUUAAUAAGAAGCAGAAUUCGCAGUAAUGUUUUAUGCAACAAAACUACAACUUUUAAAUAUGAGGGGGAUGGAUGGGGAUUGAAGGAUAAUGGGCUGAGAACAAUUUUAAAUGCAGAAUCUUAAAAUUGAGAAAAUGACUCAAAAAUUAUUUGUAAGCCAGGGAUAUUCAGGAAUGCUACUUUAAAAGAGUCAGCAAAAGAACUGAGUGGAGGACUAAUGGGAUAAGCCAGACACUGCUGCCAUAAAAAUCUGUUUGUAUUAACAUUUUCUACAUUUCCGUUUGCACAUCAGCAGUUUAAAUCUUUCUAUACCUUUAUGCUACAUAGAAAAGCAUUUUUCUGUGUUACUUGUUUCCAGGGCUCAGCAAAAAAUCAAUAAAAUGCCACUGGCAUGGUAUGUAUCCAUUAGACCAUAGGACAAUGCAGCAGCAACACUAAAAUUUUCAGUUGUGUUCUAAAUAUGGAAUGAUACAAUAAUUAUAUUUGUUCUUCACUUACUGCAAAGUUUUGUACGGUUUUACUUGAUAACUCCUAUGGUGCUCUUAAGAUCAUUAGAGUCUACUUUUACUUUUAAAGAAAAUGUGUUUUUUCUUCAACUAUGAAACACGUAGUUGUUUGGGGUUUGGCUUUUGUUGGUUUUUUUUUUUUUUUUUUUUUUUUUAAAUGUAUAUACAUAUAUACGAAAAAAGGGGGUUUUUUUGUUUGUUUUUUUCCCUCAGUUCAUUAAAUGCUGGCAAAUGCACUUUUGGUACAGUAAGCAGUAUGCUAUGCAGUGGUUCUUGUGAACUGUGUUUCAAUGACUGUGGAUUGAUUCCUUGGUGUAGGAAAUUCUUUUUUAGUAUAAUGGAUUUACUGUUCAUUGGACAGAAUUUUUUGUCUCAUGAUUUUUUUAUGACACUAACUUAAGAGUGAUUGCUCAGAGCAAUUUGAUAAUAUUUAAACCACUGAAUUUAGCAAUGUUUAAUGCAAGGAAAUUUGGAUGAGGUCCUUCCAAACUCUUAAGUUCUUCAUUUUGAUAAUUUGUCAUGAAUGUGUGCUUUUUAUUAAAUAUUUAUUUUGACUACUAAAAUAAUUCCAUUUACAUUUUGCCACUAAUACACCACUUUUAUUUCCUACAUGACAUUAUUUUUUUUUGUAAUUUCAGUGUUCCUUUUAUCUUUGUGCAAUGCAUAUAUUUUUUGUUCAUAUAUAUUGCCUAUUACCAAAACCUGAUACUUUGUGUAACUAUUGAGAAAGGAAAAGAGGAGAUCGGUUCAGUAAUAAUUUAAUCAUUAAAUCUAACUUUGUUCUUCA